AGAUCAAUAUUACUUUGAUGCAGUUGAUGUCAAGUCAACUCAACGUCACGUAAACAAAAUUAAAAUAUUUUUUUGUGCAUAGGACGAACGAAAGGGAUUGUGCCUACCUACCUUUUGGCAGCAAAAGUUUUGCCACUUUCUAUAAUAUAUAGGUGCUUAUUGUCAUAUGCGUUAAGAAGAGAGAAAUAAAAAUGUUUUCCGCUCUCAAAAAACUGACGAAACUCAACGACGAUCGUUGUCCAGCUCCGAUGCCAAUGUCUUCCUCGCUACAGAAGAAAUUUUCUAGAGGAGUUCAUUUCAACAUGAAAAUACUUAUCAAAGGAGACAGAAAUGUGGGCAAGUCUUGCCUUCUUCAAAGACUUCAAGGUGGGGCUUUUAUAGAAGAAUAUGUGCCUACAGAUCAAAUUCAAGUGGCACCUAUACAUUGGACUUAUAAAAAUACAGAUUAUAUUGUCAAAGUGGAAGUGUGGGAGGUGGUAGACAAAGGAAGGACAAAAAAGAAAGCUCCGCUAGGGCUCAAACUAGAAAACCAAACCACACCAGCUGUGCAAGAAGAUGGCUAUGAAACUCCAGUGUUAGAUGCCACAUUUCUAGAUGUUUACAAGAAUUCCAGUGGUGUUAUUUUAAUGUUGGACAUAACAAAGACUUGGACAUUUGAAUAUGUGGUCAAAGAACUGUCUCGAGUCCCAGCUGACUUGCCGGUAGUGAUUCUCGGGAACCACUGUGACAUGCAGCACCAUCGCCAGGUCCAUCCACACCAUAUUGAACAAGCACUCCAUCAUGCUAAACUUACCAGGACAGCACCAGUCCGGUACGCAGAGUCUUCCAUGAGAAACGGUUUUGGGCUCCGUUUGUUGCACAAAUUCUUCAAUGUACCAUUUCUAAGGUUACAAAAAACCAGCUUGUUGGAACAAUUACAAAGAAAUCAGAAAGAUAUUGAAGAGACUGAAAAAGAGCUUGACGAUUUCCAGAACUCAGAAGAAUCACAUUACGAAUCAUUCGUGGAUCGGCUGGCAAACAAACGCAGACAGAACAAUGGACAAACAGAAAUUAGACCAAGCAAUGACAGGUCGCCGAGCAUUGUACUAGGUGCCGGCAAACCGAUUAUCCCGCCGAAUGUCAACCCAUUGGUAAGAUAUGCUUGUUUUAAGAGAUUCGUUGAAGUCAUUAUGCCAGUUUAUCAACAAAGCGGUGGCGAAGACCCAGAUGUAUCUAAAGAACCCGAUAUAAAGACUGAGAAAAAACACAAAAAAAAGAAAUCUAAAGAUAGAGGUGACUACAGUGACAAGUCUGAUCGCAAAGAAAGGAAGCACAAGAGUAAGAAGUCCAAAGAAAAGAAAACGAACCCACAGCAAGACUUACUGGCUCCUGCUCCCAUUGAUUUCAAUUAUGAGGAAUACGACAGUCUUUAGGUAAAAAUUAAAAAAACAGCAAAGGCAUAUCUUAAACCAAUAUAAAUUAUAAAAAAAUAUCAGCAGCAUCGCGAAGGAACGAAAUCAAAGUUUCGAGACUUUUUGAUGAAGAAAGCGAUGCGGAAAAAAUAAUUACAUUUUAAGAAGUAAAGCUAUCCGAAUUAAAAAAUAAGCAGGAAAACAAUGGCUUGCUAAGUAAUGUGACUCACAAAAAAAAAAUUAUAUUUUAUUUUAAAUAUAUUUUUAAUGACCUGGCGAUCUGGUAAUUAAAGUAUAAAAUUUAUGAGAAAUAAUUCUAACCUAUUUUAUUUAAUCAUUUAAGGUAGGCAAACAUUGAGAUCUGCAAAAAAUAAUCACCCGCUCGCAGAUUAUCUUACAGAUGUGAUGCGUAGAAACUGGGUUACAAUCGUAAUAUUCAGAAAAUUUAUACGUACAUACCUAAAUUCCAGGCAAUUUAUUAAUUAUUAGGUAAGCAUUAUGAGCGAAUGUAAGCGUUUUUUUUUAUACCUACACAACUUAUAAAGUUGCUAAAAAUAUUUGAUCAGGGCUUAUAAAAUAUAAAGUUUAAUAUUAACCCUUUACAGCCUAUGCCAUCGUAGGUCCCUGAUAAAACUUAUCAUUCCAUUGCCGUCGUGUUUUUGUUAGGUAUACAUACUGCACGGCAGAUUAUAAAAUUAGGUAUUAAAUGCUUCCUCGUGCUUCUAACUUGUCUUCUUAGUAUAAUAUCGCUUUUGUGGCUUUCAUGUAUGUAGACCUAGAGAUCUAUGAUACUUUAUAGUAUCUAGUCUUCGAUCAACUAUAAGCAACUAGUUAACAGUUCCGAGCAAAAUAAAACAAAAUAUCGUCCUCACCUCAAUACGUAAUUAUUAUUAGAUACGCAUAUUACUUCGACUAUUUGACAAAGUCCUAUGUCCAAAAACAAGUGUAUUGAAAAUUGAACCUUAAAUGUUUUAUAAUAAGGCACGCAAUCCUUAAAAAACAUAGUUUGGUGUGACAUGGUAUUAACUCAAUGUUUCAUUUAGAACAAAGAGGCUAGUGGAGUGGCUUUGUUAUUUUAAAAAUUUUACCUUCACACACUUUAAUAUUUUGAUACCAAAUGCGUUGCAAUAAAAAUUGUCUAUUGGAUGUUAGAAGGAGUUUGUUUGGGUGUAUGAGUGUUUGAAUGUCUGUGAUUAUGUGUCGAUUUGGAUGUAAGUAGUUUAUUUUUUACUUUAAAGGUAGUUCUUUUGUUUUUUGUCGACUUCUGUGGCCUAAUGAUCAUCUGCCUGACUGCCAAGUCGGAGGUCUCGGGUUCGAUCCCGAUUAAAAAACUCUUCACCUCGGUCUCUCGCUAUAAUAGAAAUCCAUUCAUUCCUUAUUAUGGCGUUCUGCGGAAAACUGAAAUACACGUAAAUUGUAUGUUAUUGUGUAAGGUUUUACUUGCGACUUCGUUGGCAUGUGAUUAGAAUUUACUAGAUAGUCGUGUAAUUGAUGUAGUAGGUAUCACCCCCUUACCAAAUUUUACUAAAUCGUUUUAACAGGUACCAUUUUCAGAUAACAUUACAUAUUUCCAUUCACCUCAUUAAAUAAUUAAUCAACCGAACUAGUAUCAAAAUAAAAAAUCACAAACAUAAAAAAUAAAACAAAGCGACUCCACAACUUUAUGUUCCUAGGCGAGCAUCAUGAAGCGCGGCGACAAAACUAUAUUUGUUUCGUUUACUCUUUAAUAUUUAUUGACCGCAAGAAAGAGAUAGGCGCGGAUAGUGCUAAAUGCUGAGUACCGUUAAGUUUUAAAUAUUUAAUAAAAUGAUUUGAUAGAAAACCAACAGCUAACUUAUACUAUUAAGUGCGAUUACUUUAAAACUGAAUUGUGAACAUGAAAUAGGAAACGCCAUCCUUUUUGAGCGCAAUUCUUGGACAAUUUUUACACUUUUUAACAGAGCACUUCGUCAUUGUGCGACGAGAACUUUACUCACUUGAGCGUUGAGUAGAGUUUUGCCGCGGACACUUUUUUAGCGGGAUUGUGAGUCUAGUUGUUUAUAGUACGUCAAUGUAUCUAGUACGUCAUAAUACUUGGGAAGUACCUGGGUGACCGAGCUGUACAGGGUGGACGUCAGAAAAAACAUAUUAAAAAUAAAAGUAUCCGUUGCUGGGAAUUUCGACGGAACCUAUUUCGUCGUCAAAAUUAAUCUCUGAUUUUUGUUAACUGAUUCAAACAACUUGUAGUACCUACUAAUUAAUUAUUCACGUCAAUUACUAAUUUAUCAAUGAUAUAGUUUCAUUAAUUCCUAAUUAUAAUUAAUUUUUAUUCUAAUAAUGCUACUUAUCUAUAUAGUUCUUGUAGAGGACGGAUUUAUUUUUGUUUAUUGUUACACGUAACCAAGAAGUCUCUGUUAAAAAUCUACCAAAAAUAAAGUACCUAACUUUGUCUGAAAGAAAGUUAUAAGCUUUGACCUUACUUUUAAAUUGAUGUAUUGCUUACAUAGUAUAUCAGGGAUUGGUAUGGUAAGAUGCAAAAUAAUAUUUACCUGAAAACAAUUUGAUUGUAAUGGAACAAAAUUAAUUUUACUUCUUUUAAUGCAAUGUUUGAGUGCAUAAUAAAUGUAUAAUGCAUCAUGUGUAAUAAUGUAAAUAUGUGCAUAUAUGUUACCUCAAUCAAAUUUAUAUUAUGUUAUAAUUGUUAUGCUUGUUAUAGAAAUAAAUAUUUUAUCAUAACUACAUAA